AUGAUAUUCCACCGUGAUCAAUACAAAGGCCGACACAAAAAUGAUCUCGCAUCGUUCUUUAAAUCUUCUUCCAUGGAGGACGUUCUGGCACAUGUGCAAAAAACAGAGCGACAACAUGUCACCAAGAAAGCGGGAAAAUCCCGCGUGUCUGCCGUCUUGGGCUCGGGGUGGACAACCACUGUCUCUAAGAUCAAUACCUUCAGCGGUGUCAUAGAUGUGCUGGUUUCAACACAUCCCGAGUAUGCAGCGCCGGUAUGGGGAACCAUCAAGUUUUUGUUUACGGUAACAAUUAAUCACCAAGAGCUAUCGAGCAAGGUCGCAGAAGCGUUUGCUGCCAUCAGCGACUCACUGCCCGAACUGAACUUCCUGGCAAAGCAACUCUACCCCGUCCCGCAUAUUCAGCGAACGCUGGCAAGCAUGUACGCUCACAUCAUCGACUUUUGUCUCCGGGCUCUCGAAUGGUACCACAAAGCAGGAGGUGGCUUCUUCAAAAAGGCCUUCGCGGCAAUCAAGGACCCGUGGGCCCUUGAGUUUGAAGACGUCGUGCAACAAAUCAAGCAGACAAACGCGAGGGUGCGCGAGCAGGCGACCAUAGCCCAUCAAGCUGAGACUAGACACAUCAGCUUGAAAAUCUCGGAUGUCCAGUUGGAGGUUAUGAAUCUGCGAAAGGAUAACAAGGAUCUGAGAUCCCUCAUGGUCUCCGGGCCAGUACAUCCAGCUAUUGUUUACCAAGUCCCUCUACGUCCGCCAGAACAGCCUCCAGCUCUGCCGAGCAUUCCCUUCCUUCCCGACAAAAUGUCAAAAUAUUUCCAGUCUAUCCCCUUCGACCCCGAGAAGGCUCUAAGCCAUGGGCGAGCAAUGCGAAAUCUCCAGCGAGCCCGAGGCAAUUCGAGUUGGGACGAAAUGUGGACCUCGAUGAAACUACGCAGCUGGAUCUCUCAGCGAGACUCAGCGGUGGUUGAACUGCAAGGCUCGUUAGCUGAUCCUGAUACUUCACGACACUUUGCCUUCGACAUUAUCGACUUGGUCAAAUCGACCGAAUUGCCCUUGGCAUGGUACGUGAGUUCACGGGUGCCGUCUACUUCCUUAAAGGGGCCGAUGACGGUUACGGAUAUUUUGCGGUCACUCGUUCAGCAGCUCCUAGUUCAGAAUAAGGACGCAUUCGUGGACAGCAGUUUUACAGAAUCCGAAUUUGCGUCCUGUAGUACAGAGGAAGAGUGGCUGCGCCUUCUUGCGGCUGUCCUUGUCGAAUUCCCACGGGUCAUACUGAUCUUGGACUCCCACGGUGAGGGACGUGAAGUUCUUGACGCCAUCCGGAAGCUUUGGGUCAUAGUGGAUGAGCGCAAAAUAAAGACAGCCACAAAGAUGCUCCUACUGACAUACCCGGUCCCGGGUGCACUCACACCGGCAAUCCUACCGAACGACGAUGUAGCCUCUUCCUUUACCAUGACACUCGGCCAUAACCGGAGCCAAAUGCGCGACAAUGUCAGGGAUCAAAGACGGACGCUCCCGAGGCAGGGGGGUGGACCCUCUCAGUUUAAGCCAUUUGUGCUCCAGCUGAUGGAGCCGAAGAUAGACUCAGAAGACGGCUCAUAA